AUGCCGUGCAGUGGGCCGUGUUGUGUUCGGCGUGGCCAGGCCCUCGAGUCGACCACCACCACAUAUGGCACAGACAUCGCCGCAACUGUCGCAGCCCUCGCCGUGUCAUGCCUCUCCUUCGCGCGGGUGCUCUUUUCACCUCCGCUAUCGUGGUGGCGUCCUCCCGUCCCGCAAGAAACUCCCGGCAAGAGUCAACUCCCUUUCGUACCCCUUUUUCGCCCCUGCUCGUCUCCUGUGCCUGUUGCCGUGCGAUCGCCGAGGAAGCGGAGGGCUCAUCACGUUAGAGCUGGCGCGGUGUGCCGACGGUUGAGCACGUGA